AUGGCGGCGGUGGCGGCGGGCGCGCCGGCGGCGGGCGGCGCCGCGGGCUCCGGGGAGGCGGGGGGCGGCGGAGGGGGCGCGGGCGGAGGAGGAGGCGGCGGCGCGGGGGGAGCUGGGCCCGGCCCGGGGUCGGGGUCGGGCGGCGGUGCGGCCGGGGGCGGGGGGGAGUCGUGGUACCUGGCGCUGCUGGGCCUGGCCGAGCACUUCCGCACCUCCAGCCCGCCCAAGGUCCGGCUGUGCGUGCACUGCCUGCAGGCCGUGCUGCCCCGCAAGCCCCCGGCCCGCAUGGAGGCCCGCACGCACCUCCAGCUCGGCUCCGUGCUCUACCACCACACCCGGAACGGGGAGCAGGCCCGGGGGCACCUGGAGAAAGCGUGGCUGAUCUCGCAGCAGAUCCCGCAGUUUGAGGACGUGAAGUUCGAGGCAGCCAGCCUGCUGUCCGAGCUGUACUGCCAGGAGAACUCGGUGGACACAGCAAAGCCUUUGCUACGCAAGGCCAUCCAGAUCUCACAGCAGACUCCAUACUGGCACUGUAGGCUGCUUUUCCAACUUGCACAACUACAUACCCUUGAAAAAGAUUUGGUAUCUGCAUGUGACCUUUUGGGAGUGGGAGCAGAGUAUGCCCGGGUUGUGGGGUCAGAGUAUACCAGAGCGCUGUUUCUGCUAAGCAAGGGAAUGCUCCUUCUGAUGGAACGGAAGCUGCAGGAGGUGCACCCUCUCCUUACACUGUGUGGGCAGAUAGUUGAAAAUUGGCAAGGAAACCCCAUCCAGAAGGAGUCGUUGCGUGUGUUCUUCUUAGUCCUGCAGGUCACACAUUACCUGGAUGCCGGGCAGGUGAAGAGUGUGAAGCCGUGUCUGAAGCAGCUUCAGCAGUGCAUUCAGACCAUAUCCACGCUACAUGAUGAUGAGAUUCUGCCCAGCAACCCUGCGGAUCUCUUUCACUGGCUGCCCAAGGAACACAUGUGUGUGCUUGUCUACUUGGUGACAGUGAUGCAUUCCAUGCAAGCAGGGUACCUGGAGAAGGCUCAGAAGUACACAGACAAAGCACUCAUGCAGCUAGAGAAGCUAAAAAUGUUGGACUGCAGUCCUAUCUUGUCAUCUUUCCAAGUUAUUUUGUUGGAACACAUUAUCAUGUGUCGGCUUGUCACAGGACACAAAGCCACAGCAUUGCAGGAGAUCUCUCAAGUCUGCCAGCUCUGCCAGCAGUCUCCCAGGCUGUUUUCUAAUCACGCUGCCCAGCUGCACACUCUGUUAGGGCUCUACUGCAUUUCUGUUAAUUGCAUGGACAAUGCAGAAGCACAGUUUACUACAGCACUGAGGCUCACUACACACCAGGAGCUGUGGGCAUUCAUUGUGACAAACUUGGCCAGUGUGUACAUCAGGGAAGGCAACCGGCACCAGGAGCUUUACAGCUUAUUGGAAAGGAUAAAUCCAGACCACAAUUUUCCUGUGAGUUCCCACUGCCUUCGAGCAGCAGCUUUCUACAUCCGAGGUCUGUUCUCCUUCUUCCAAGGAAGAUACAACGAGGCAAAGAGGUUUUUGCGAGAGACGCUGAAAAUGUCAAAUGCAGAAGAUUUGAAUCGAUUAACAGCAUGUUCCCUCGUGCUCCUGGGCCAUAUAUUCUACGUGUUAGGGAAUCACAGGGAAAGUAAUAAUAUGGUAGUGCCAGCCAUGCAGCUUGCAAGCAAGAUCCCAGAUAUGUCUGUGCAGCUGUGGUCUUCAGCUCUGCUGAGAGACCUGAAUAAAGCCUGUGGAAAUGCAAUGGAUGCACACGAGGCAGCACAGAUGCAUCAGAACUUCUCACAGCAGCUCCUCCAGGACCACAUUGAAGCGUGCAGUCUUCCAGAACACAAUUUAAUCACGUGGACAGACGGACCACCUCCCGUACAGUUCCAGGCACAGAACGGACCCACCACCAGCCUGGCCAGUCUCCUGUGAAACACAAUCAGGACAGUGUGUUCAAUAAGAAACAAACAAAAAAGCCAAAAAAAAAAAAAAAAAAGAAAAAGAAAAGGAGAAAAACUCAUUGCAAAAUCUUUUCUUCAAAGAAAAGGCAGCAAAUUCCUCUUCUAGCGAGGGCCUUGUAGGAAAUUGCAUAAAGACAACAUACAUUUCAUAGACUUGCAAAGUGAGAAGGGCAUUUUGAGCUACUUUUACAUAACGUGUGUGAAUAUACAGCUAGAGUGUAUAUACCUACUGGUUUUAAUCUGUUUUCCUCUUACUGAGAAGUAAGGUUUAGUCCAAAGGACACUCGUUCCUUAAGCUGUUAGACUUGGUUUUUAAUUUGUCACAGAGAGUUGAGAGGACUUGCACAGUUUGGAAUACCAGUUGUAUUCUAAAUGCUCAAACCUUCCCUGAGUUACAAUGCAUGCCAGUUUUAACGUCUUCUGUGCCCUUCCACUCCUGGGAUCAACGGGAUUCAAUCCUGACUGGUUGUAAGGUGCCCUAAAGUUCUGCAUUUAGCUUCUGAGGUGAUGUUCUCAUUGUGUGCGAGUCGCCUUGCAGUGCUGAGGGCGGUGGGAUGUGGGUGUCACUUCCUUGGGAUGAGCAGAAUUGCAGAUCCCACAGCACUGGGGCUGUCAGUGUGUGACAGUCUGUGCCACCACUGUCCCCAUGAGGGUCUCCCUUCCGUGUCCCUGCACUGCUGGUGAGGCACAACCAGAACUGCAGCUCUCUCCAUCUCCGCUGUUUUGUAGCAAUUUGUACCAGAGGAAGAGGUUUCUUCUCAUUUUGGCCCAGCUUUUAGCAUCCUGCAGCCUCACCGAGGCAAGGCAGCGUCUGUGCCUUAACAAUUUCUACCAAUGAUUGCAGUGAGGGUUCAGCUCAGCGAGGUGGUUGAAGGUAGUUCCCAUAGAAGCAAGAAGGUUGCACUUAGCAAAAGAAGUAUUUCCAUGUUAGCCUCUGUUUUAUUUCCCUUUUUUGAGCUCCUUAGUCUCCCCGUGCCUCUGCAGCUGUCCUGAAGCAGGAUAAGCAUGGCCCAAAUUCCUUCUGUAGGAAACACUACAGAAGUUGUCAAUCCCAUGGAGCCGUGCCAGGCUGCUGCAGUGCAGUGCAACCUUACAGGGUUCCAAGGGUCAAAUAAAGGUGGGUUGUUUUUUUUUCCCUCUCCUGGUAGUUCUGCAUAUUUAUCACCCAGUUGAAAAAGGGAAGGGGAAAGGAAUCUGUUAGCAGAGUUCCUUUGGUAGGUCUGUGUGCUUUUUUGGAGAGAGAAAGUGUUUGACCCCUCAAGGAAGACAGAACCCUGUUUCUAAUGGUCCUCCUUUUGGAAAACCCUUCCCCUUGUCAAGCAACAGCAAACAAGACACGUUUUGUAAUUCAAACCCUUUGGUUUUAACCACUGAAUGACAUAAAAGGGACACAUCCCCUCAAUGGGGUUUUAUGCUCAUCCUUCUGGACGUGCAGUGCAGAUUCAGAUCCUGUUUUCAGACAGUUGCUCCUGCAGAAGCUGUGUGUGUUUUAGGCCUUGUCAAAUCUCCAGUAGGGAAAACAUGUCCUCAGUAUCACUGUAAGGAGAGUAUUAUUGGGGUUGCAGAAGGAAGUUCAGUGCUAUUUUGAAGUCUAUUUUAUUCCCUCAAAACUCCAAAAAGAAGGAAAGCUGUGAGGUUUGUGAGCUGCAAGGAUACAUCAGACGCAGGGAAGGGCUGUGCAGAUGGAAGCUGCUGCUGCUCGUCAUGCUGUUGGUUGGGAUGGAGUGUUCCCUGUCUGCCAUCCACCUGAAGUUCAGCUCCUGUGAGGUGCAAGGAACGGCUGCAGCUGUGCAAAUCAGCACUCACGUGCUUUAAUGUUUCCCACAGUCCCAUUCAGAUGAUACAGACUCUUUGUUUUCACUCUGCCACCCAAUCUGAGGCUGUUGCUUACCUGAUAGACGCCCGUGGCAACUGCAAUAAGUGGCUUUAAAAGUCGGCCAGAAAAGUGCUGCUUCUAUAAGGCAAUAUUUAAAAAAUUACCCCAACUGUAGAGAGCUGUGGUUCAGGCUGAAGUCAAGAAGAGAUUUUGCAGCAGAAAAGGUCCUCUGGUGCCACGCGGGAGCUGCAUCUCCUGCCCUCACCCUCCUCGGGGAGCUGCGUCGCUGAGGACUGCGAUUUCUGGCUCCUCAUCACACGAACCAAACUGCUCACAGCUCAAAUCCCUGCUGAUGCUCUCAGGAGGGAAUGGAGGCCUGGAGGGAGCGGCCGUCUGCUCGCAUCUGAUGUCAGCACGCUCGAGUUCUCAGCAGAAGCGCUGCCUGCAUGCGGCGGCUGGAUUUGUCAUGGCAGGAGGAAGGAGGUGGGACCCCAGUCUGUGACACGCCAGCUUCGCCCAUGCUUUGCUUCGUGCAGAAUGGAACUCAGGUGCAGUGGUUGAGGUGAGGUGCUGCCCCACAGAGCUGCCCUCGGCCUUUUCCCCAUCACACACUAUCAAAAGUCGUGUAAAUUUGGAAAUAGCUCGGUGAUUUUCUAUCUCUGAAAUUCAAGUGUACAUUUGUUACAAUGUACAGUGCUUUUUAACUACGCUUGUAUAUUAAAUUAUUUAAUAGUUUUUGCUUUUCAGUAUCUUUUGUAUGUAGCAGAGAUUAAAACAAGGACCUCGAAACUGAAGUUCUUCCUAAUUUUUGGAUGCGGAUGUAAAGCUGAACAGAAAACCAGAAGUUUACAGUUUACAAACAACCUUCUGUUAAUUGCUCGGUCUGUCUGACUCCAUUUGAACAAUGUAUUUCUAAUCUUUCUUGUCCGAUCAUUUAAUUCUCAAAACAAACACGAAGUCUUUUAUGAACUUCUAAAAAAAAAAAAUUAUUCUUUUAAAGAUGUAAUUUAGGAAACUGUACAGUUUUUCUCUGGUAUUUUUAAAUGAGUAGCAAGAACUUAAACAAACAUCUAAUCGCCGUUUUGUAGAUAGUGUAAAAACUUAUAUAUGUAUAGAGAAUGCAGUCUGAAGAACAGUGUUUGCCAUUUCCUACAGAAUGGGUAUCAGGAAGGCCUGUGUGCAUGUGAAAUCAAAUUCAUUUUGGGGAUAGGGAAUUCAAAAACAGAGAAAGAAAACUCAUGAGCUUUCUCUGUUGUCCCACACGUGCAAAAAUGUACACUGCUAAACGAGCAGGGCCUUCAGCUGUGACGCCGCCUAUAGGUGCAGCACAACAUUGCUUCACUGCUUUGAUUUUAUUCAGCUUUCCCCGUUUGCCAGAAAGUCAAACUACAAUAGAAAGGGUUUGGUUGUUUUCCUCCUCUGUGUCGCUGACCUCCAACCCCACAGAGCGAUCCCAAUCCUUUGGGAUGCAGCAUUUUCUCACCAGAGCAGUGGGGACUGAUUGAGGGUGGCUGAGGCUGCCUGGAACACAGAGGAUUUGGGAUGAAAUAACAUCAGUCUGUGCUCUUCUACUGUCUGUCUUAGCAACUGUAUUUAAUUGUUUCCUGCAGUGAACCUUUCAAUGUUACGUCAGGUUUGUACGAGGUAUUGUUAAGUGUUUGUAGUGCUCCAUAAGUAGGAUGUGUACCUUCUGCCAGUGCUCCUUUCUGAAGCUGUACAUACAGUAACUCCUGUAAUGAGACGGAACCGGGGGCAUUCGUUUUUGCCUUUGUUUCCUCUCGUUUUCUACAUUAGAAGAAUUUUUAAAUAAAGUUUAAUUUUCUUCUAGCAGUUGGUGGAAUACUGAUUCCUUCAGCCCAUCUGCAGGCAGUGCUGCCCAAAGAGGGCCCUUCCCAUCGCCCUGCCAGGACCUGGGCUGCUUUGCAGCUGUACCUGAGCUGCUGCCCUGGAAGGAGAACUGGAAUUACCUGACGGGGGACCUGACU